CGUGACUGAUCAGCUGGUGCAUAAUCUCAGCUGCACCCCGGUAAGAUAUCGAGGCUUUAUGACGAUUGCGAACUCCAGUUUGUUAUUCACAACGUUCUUAGAUUUCAUCCUCCAAAACGCUUUCAUGAGUCGAUGUUGGCUGAAGGUAUUUAACAGGCAUUUCUAUGACCUGUCCCUGGUUCCUUUUUAACCGGCACCGAUUUUUCAAUAGCGCCUCCCGCUUCUCCGCACUUUUAGUCCAGCAACUCCCACUUUUUGCAUUGAUCACGCUCUUCAGGACCUGUCUAGAUCCCCUGACAUUAGGUAUUGGUAACGGCCAAGAAGUAUUGACAUGCAAACUAGGUCCGCACUUGCAAACCGGCUUCUACAACUUACAGCAGCUAGCCUUGUCGUCCACGGGAGACACUCUAGCGUACGAUGGACUAAGACGUCCAGACCGUUUCCCAAGACGCUUUUCCAAGCAAUGUCAUAGCCAUCGCUCACUGGGCAACGUUCCAUGUCAAAACCAAGUCGCCGCACUACGCAUCGUCGUUGACGUGGUGGGAAAGCAAAGCACAACCCGAGGUACUUGCACGCCAUCGGCAAGAACUCAUUGUGUCCGUUCGCUUGCCGACUGCUCGCUAUCGACGUCUGAGGUCUGGGAUUCUAUCAUGAUGAUCGACGCCGUUCGGGACUUUUCCUCUUGUCCAAUCUCCACUAAGCCCUCCGCAUGCUCGUGGCCCCGCAUGCCACGCGCGCCCAAGAGCCAACUUCAACCCUGUACCAUCCUAAAGGCGCGUUCUUUGUAGCGCUAGUAGUCAAGGCUUCUUGCAGGUGUCUGGACUAUGUCUGCGAGGUCUGCCGUUUUUUCUUCACGCCAAGUUCCGCUCCGAGUGAAACAUUUAGCCACGCGCCUGAACGUCUCCUGCCAAGGCCGUUACCCAGUCCGAUUCGCCGUCCUCAGUCUGGUGCAAUCCGCGUCAUCCCAAGGGGCUCAUCGCUGGCGUCUCCCAAGAAACAUCUACAUGUCCACAAG